AUGAUCGAAUUAAAAUUGGAGGAUCAUUUAAGCCUCCCGGCGGUCCUGCCCUGGAGCUACUCAAUCGCAUUAAUCCCACUAGUCAUCUACUUGGUCUAUAAAUGCACCCUGGCGACCGACAUUCCUCACAUCAAAGGCCUGCCAGAGAUCCCCGGCUCAGUACCCGUCUUCGGCCACCUCCUCAAACUAGGAGAUGACCACGCAAGUAUCUGUGAGAAAUGGUGGCGCCAAUACGGCCACUCUGUCUUCCAGAUCAAGCUAGGCAACACGCGUGCAGUGGUAGUCAACUCCUUCGAAGACUGCCGCAAGAUGCUUCUCGGACACCAAAAUGCCAUCAUCGACCGCCCAAAGCUAUACACAUUCCAUGGCGUGGUAAGCAGUACGCAAGGAUUUACCAUCGGCUCCUCUCCUUGGGAUGACUCUUGCAAAAAGAAGAGAAAGGCAGCCGGAACGGCCUUGGGGAGACCCGCUCUACGCAACUAUUACCCCAUGUUUGAUUUGGAAAGCUACUGUAUUCUCCGUGAUCUCCACCUGGACAGCAAAAACGGUGCAAUCGAGCUUAGUGUGCGGCCCUACAUCCAGCGAUACGCUCUGAACACAACUCUCACGCUGUGCUAUGGUAUUCGUAUGGAUGCUGUCUACGACGAUCUCUUGCGUGAGAUUCUUCACGUGGGGUCCGCCAUCUCCCUUCUCCGGAGCGCAUCGGAGAAUCUGCAAGAUUACAUCCCUGUUCUCCGUUACAUGCCGAACAACGAGAAAACGGCUCGGUCGAAGGAGCUGCGUGAUCGCCGUGAUGCUUACUUGAAUCUCCUCCUUGAUAAAGUGCGCGAGAUGAUCAAAAAAGGAACAGACAAGCCGUGUAUCUCUGCAGCUAUCCUUAAGGAUGAGGAAACAAAGCUCACCGGUGUGGAAGUAUCUUCCAUCUGUUUGUCACUGGUUUCUGGUGGGUUUGAGACAAUUCCUGGUACCCUUACUUCGGCUAUCGGCUCGCUAUCUACUCCCGAAGGACAGAUCUGGCAAGAUCGCGCCUACGAGGAUAUUAAGCGAUACUAUCCUGAUGUGAAGGAGGCUUGGACUAGCUGUAUCUCAGAGGAGAAGGUGCCCUACGUCAAUGCUAUCAUCAAGGAGGCCGGUCGUUACUACACUGUCAGCUCGAUGAGUUUGCCCCGGAAGACUGUGACGGAGGUAAAUUGGAACGGUGCGAUCAUCCCGCCCAAGACGAUGAUUUUGAUUAAUGCUCAAGCUGGAAACCACGAUGUGGAUCAUUUCGGUGCCGACGGGGGCAAGUUCGAUCCGGAGAGAUGGCUCAAGUCCGUGAACCCACCAGAAGAAAAAGAGGUCAGCGGUCUACCGCAUUUGAGUUUUGGCUCUGGAUCUCGUGCUUGCUCCGGUCAAUUCAUUGCAUCCAGAUUACUUUAUUGUGCUCUGGUCCGUCUACUUGCUUCAUACAAGAUCGUGGCAAGUGAGGAUAACCCACCUAACACGGAUUACGUGGAGUACAACCAGUUCAAGACGGCUUUAGUUGCUAUUCCAAAAGACUUCAAGGUUCGGUUGAUUCCUAGGGAUGACACAGUUACCUCGGAGUGUUUGAAUUUGGCGGAACAGAGGACCAAGGAGCACUAUAAGGAGUAA